AUGCGCCUGCAAUCAGGCGUUUCGGCUGCGGCCUUUGCGGCUGCCGCCAGUGCUCGAUCUCUUUCUGAUGUCUGUACUUUGUCUAAUGUCAAGUCUGCUCUACCCGCGAACGGCACCCUACUAGGAAUCAACCUAGACUCGUCAGCCUCUAUUGCUAGUGUAGUCUACAAUGCCACAGUUGGUGGUAUGAGCACUACUUCCACCAGUGACAGUGAGACCUACAACUACUGCAAUGUCACUCUGACCUACACCCACCCCGGAAAGGGGGAUACUGUUGUCGUCAGGUAUGCUCUCCCCGAGCCUUCCGACUUCAACAAGCGCUUCUAUGUCGCCGGAGGUGGGGGUUACUCGCUGUCUUCUGAUGCCACUGGCGGUCUUGGGUAUGGUGCUGCCGGAGGUGCCUCCUCUGCCGGUUACGACGCCCUGAACGGCGUUUCCUACGACGACGUUGUUUUGUUCGGAAACGGCUCUAUCAACUGGGAUGCAACCUACAUGUUCGGAUACCAGGCUCUCGGUGAAAUGACACAGCUCGGAAAAUACUUCACCAAGGGCUUCUACGGCAUGAACUCCAAGUCCAAGCUCUAUACCUACUACGAGGGAUGCUCUGACGGUGGUCGUGAGGGUAUGAGCCAGGUUCAGCGCUGGGGCGAUGAGUAUGACGGUGUUAUCACCGGUGCCCCUGCCUUCCGCUAUGGCCAGCAACAGACCCAACACAUCUUCUCUUCCGUCGUCGAGAAGACCCUUGACUACUACCCCCCACCCUGCGAGCUGGCUAAGAUCGUCAAUGCCACAAUCACCGCUUGCGAUCCUCUUGACGGCCGUACCGAUGGUGUCAUCUCCCGUACCGACCUUUGCAAACUUAACUUCAACCUAUCCUCUAUCAUCGGUGAAGAGUACUACUGCGCUGCCGAAACUGCUACCUCUCUGGGCUUCGGCUUCAGCAAGACCAAGCGCCAGGCUGCCGGUAGCUCUACCAGCUAUGAACCUACUCAAAGUGGUAAGGUCUCCGCAGAGGGUGUCGCCGUUGCCCAGGCUAUCUACGACGGCCUGCACGACACCAAGGGUGAACGUGCCUACCUCUCGUGGCAGAUUGGCUCUGAGCUGAGCGAUGCCGAGACCGAGUGGAACAACAGCACCCAGAAGUGGGAGCUUGACAUCACUUCAAUGGGUGGUGAAUACGUUGCCAAGUUCGUGCAGCUUCUGGAUCUGGAAAACCUCUCCACCCUGGAUGGUGUCACCUAUGACACCGUCGUUGAGUGGAUGGAAAUCGCUAUGAACCGCUACUUCGACAGCUUGCAGACCACCAUCCCAGACCUGACUAAGUUCCAGGAGUCUGGUGGCAAGCUCCUCCACUACCACGGAGAGUCCGAUCCCUCUAUCCCCGCCGCCUCUUCCGUGCACUAUUGGCAGGCUGUUCGGGACAUCAUGUACCCCGGUGUCUCCUCUAAGGAGAGCCUUUCCAAGCUCCAGGACUGGUAUCAGUUCUACCUGAUCCCCGGUGCGGCCCACUGUGGAACCAACACUCUCCAGCCCGGUCCCUACCCUGAAGACAACAUGGAGAUCAUGAUCAACUGGGUUGAGAACGGUGUCAAGCCUUCCCGUCUGAAUGCCACUGUUUCCUCCGGAACCUACGAUGGCGAGACUCAGAUGCUUUGCCAGUGGCCUACCCGUCCUCUCUGGCACAGCAACUCGACCUUCGACUGUGUCAACGACAAGAAGUCUAUUGAGAGCUGGACUUACGAGUUCCCUGCUUUCAAAGUCCCUGUUUACUAA